GUCGAAAACCCUCAUGCGAGUCUAAAACCUGAAUUCGAUAAAUAUGAGACUCUGCUCUUUCUCUGGCAAGGCCUGAUUGAUUUGCUCACUUCCGGAGUUUCACUGACCGGAUUUACUUUUCCGUCGGCGGCGUUCUUGUUCUCCUCUUCCAAACGCAUCAUUUCAACAAACGCCUGGUGCGCCACACAUGGGGAAAGCGCCGAAAUCCUCUCUGCUCACCAUAGCUGAAAAGUGCAAGAAAAUCUUGGCGUCAAAUUGGCAAGGCACUCUUAAUACCCUUAAAGCCGACGCUCAAGGAAGCAAACAGGAUGUACACAGUUCAAAAGUUAAGUACUUCAUCAAGAAAGGGAAGCCGUAUAUAUGGAUACCCGAGAAGGACUUGCAUAAUGUGAAUGCUAUUAUUGAUGAACGUGGCUCUUUUGCAGUAACAUCUCCUUUCCCUGGCCAACUUGCAAGUCUGCUUAUGUCGAUAAAAAGGCUUCCACCACGGGUUGCUGUAAUGGGUGAUGUAUUGCCUCUUCCAAAUAAAAAGGCUGCAAUGGCUGCAGAUAGCCUUCGGAAGAUCAUGUUAUCAGAGCGUAAAACAAUAAAAAAAUUGAGUUAUUCAGUUUCUGCUAUAUUGAGUUCAUCAAGUCUCAGUUAUGCGUCUCAAAGUGAAAACCUCCAGGAGUUGCUUGAUGAGAAUAACAAAUACACAGUGUAUAAGCUUAAUAUAAGCUCUUGCAUGUAUAUUGACAGCAAGGGAGGUAACCAUGAAGUGGCUCUAGAAGAUAUUGAAUCAUCAAAGACAGAUCCUUUAUCGCCUUUCUGCACAAGGCUAAUUGAUGGAAUCAAUCGAAGUGAGAUUAGGCGUAGAGCGUUAAUCCUCUUCUGUAUCACGCACUUGAACGAGAAUGCCAAGGACGCAUUUCUCCUCUCGAUAGACCGGAAAGGAUUAGACGUCCUGGGAAAGGUUCUUGGCCCAAUGCAGAGUGAUGGCUCUCGCGCAUACCAAUGGAAAGAGUUCAGAAUCACACUCAAAGAAGAAGCAGCUAACGUUGAGAAGUUCUGCGAUCAACUCGUCGAAAUGGAAGAGGAAGCCCUCAAGAGUGUCUCUAGUUUUAGUGGGAUAUGAAUCAAUUCUUUGUUUGAGUAUUAUUAACUUUAUUACAAUGUAGUAUUUGUCUAUAUAUACUUUCUCAAACUACGGAAACACAAAGAGUUAACACUCCACUAAGGUUCAAACCUAUGACCUGAAUCAAUUCUCUAAAAUGAAUAGUUAUUUGUACAUUAAAUGUUAUUGAUGGAG